AAAAACAGAACAAAUAUGGAUGGAAAUUUUGAUUCAGACUCUUCCGAGAGUGGGGCAAUAAGCAUAAGAGCCUCUGAUAACUAUAGGGAAAUAACUGUUGGCAAGCAGAUCUGCAUUAUGCCGCCCCGACCAGGCACUGCGGUGAUGAACUACCAGGAGCUGUACAUACCACGCGACCAGUUGACCUCCGUCUUCUAUCCCAUCGAGGAGGCACAGCGCUGGCUCACGUUAGUCGACAAAAUGGGAAAAUCGCACCGCUUUCCCUUGCCAACCAUUCUGCCGAAGGUGAUUCAGACCCGGUAUGUGCCCAAGCGACAGCUGCCCAAGGACGUAGAGGUGGAUCGUCGUCGGCGGCAGUAUCAGAAGAUCAAUCUAAACGAGGAGCUCUUGCUGGCGGGCCUCACCGACGACGUACUGCAGCCUACCGAGGAGCAGUACAACGUGAUGUCGGAGUUUGCCUUUCCGCACAAGUUCCCCCUCAGCUACUUUGACGAUAGUAACUAUGACACCAAUUCGCCGGAAGCCUGGUUCGAUCUGGGCGUGGUUGGAGACGCACACUAUCCGCUUCCGGCAAAGGCGUAUCUACCAUUCAACCGCAGCUUGCUCAACUGCCAGUGGGUUCUGGCUUCCGUCUCGGCGUACAACGAAGAUACGGACAUGUGGACACUGCUCUCCCUGGAGGAUUGCUGCACCUAUGAGGUGCCCAAGCUGCAGUUCAUGUUCCUGGCCGAGAAUCCGCACAAGUACAUAAGUCGCCUAAAGGCCGCCGUUCACGAGCGCUACAAGGGCGAGCAGCUGAUGCUGAUGGAGCUUAUUGUCGACUGCGUGCUCCACGAGGACAUCGAGUCGACGGCCUUCUACAGCUUCAAGCCCAUCGAGGCAGUGCUUCAGGCGGCCACGGUCUCCGAGCAGUGUAAGCGACGACUACGAUCGGAGGUCAAUUUGGUCUUUGAGCGCCUGAUGGCUCUCUACGAGCUGGAGCAGUUCAUCAUUACGAUGCCCAAGGAGUUUCCGCAGUUCCGCAACAUCAAUCUCAAGGAUUUUCUGCCCCGUGACUUUCACAACGACACCUCCGACCGCGAGAGAGCCGAGGUGCAGGCCCUUGGCAUAACCAUGUCGAAAAAGCGCUAUGCCUACCUGGAGGCAAGUCUCUUUUAUUGUAUCGGCGGCUUCGAGGCCAUGGCCGGUGUGGCCAUCGAGUGCCAGCAUAUCGAAAAAAUGUCCAUCUUCAUCUGCAACUUCAGCAAGCCCCUGGCGCUGGCGGACUUUCUGGAGUCGCAGGAGGCGCACAGCGACAAUGUGGCCACGUAUCUCAAGGUCUACUGGCCCCAGCAGCUCACCUCCGUCAUUACCGUGGUGCUACGGGCGCUGGGCAAGGGCUAUCUGGACAUUGCCCUGCACGACUGGACCGUGUAUCUGAUGUGCAAGAUCUCCAGAUUCAUAUUGCAGGUGAAAUUUCGCAUGCAAGACUCCAUGGAAGUGCUGCUGGAGACCUCGCUCAUGAACUUCUCGCACUUUGUGUGCGAUCCCUGCCUGCAGUUCCUGCAGCUGAAGACGAACUUCAAGUGGACCAGCAACUACAUUGACACGGAGUUCCCCUUUCCCAAGCCCGUAUUCGCCAUGACCCUGGGCAUCAACGAGGAUCGUAAGGUGUUCUACUCCACCGAUCCUGAUGAAUUCCAGCCCGCUCUGAUGGACAUCUACAAGAGGGGCCUGGAGAAAACCUCUGGCGUGAAGAUGAUCGACGCUACAGUGAUGACCUUCCUUAAAUUCGCCCCCAAUUUGUACAUCCUGACUGUGGAGCUGAUUGAGGACAAGUUCCUGAUUGAGAACGAGCUGAUGCGGCACUGCUAUGCCAAGGCCGUGCUGCCCCUCAAGGCGUACGCGCGGAUGUACGAGAGAUUCAUAGACUUCUAUCUGCUGAACCUCAACCACUACAUGGCGAGCUAUGCGGCGGCCAAGAAGCCGUCCUCGGAGGUCAAGCGGGACAUACUCGAGCACAAGCGUUUGAAGGAGGAGCUGCGUGUGAUUCUGCCGGCCUUCAUUACCAUUGGACCUUUCUACAUCAACGUGGACACGCUGAAGCAGUUCCUCAUCAAAAAGCGCAUCGAGGUCGUGCGUCGCAUUUUCGAGUACUACGUGGAUCGCAUGUUCGAGACGAAUGAACUGCUGCUGGAACGCUGUUUGGAGGUGUUCAACAAGAUUGCCGAGCGGCCCAUCAGCAUCGAGCAUCUGUACAGCAUUCGGGACUUUGCAGCCACUGUGCCGGAUGUGGUCGACCAGCUGCGGGCAGACAUACAGAUCAUGUGGCUGGAGUACGAUCUGCUGGACAGUUUCUUUUAUAAUUUGAGCGAUCACCAGUUCGCCAUGAAAUGGAACGUGUUCGCCUGGCCGCACCAGAUCAUGGUGCGUCUCUCCACCCUAAAGGAGGAGCAGAAGAUCGAUAUUGAGGAGUUCCUGCGGCAGCAUGCCAGCGAGUGCCAGGCGUUUGAGGAGCGCCUGGAGUCCCUCAACGAUGAAGUCCAGGCCUUCUCCUUGGUCUUCAAUACGAAUCGAGCCCAGGAAACAUCGGUGGACAUCAAGAAGACCUGGGCGCUGAUCAAGGAACUCGAGAAGGUCGGCCAGACGCUGCAGUACCGUCAGAUGCUGUUCGAGCUGGAGCCACUCUCCGUGGAGUUCCUCCAGAGCAUCAUCGCCAGCUUCCAGCCCUACAAGCAGCUGUGGUACGCCUGCUCCAACUUCCUCAAGCUCGAGGAGGCCACGCUGGGCAAUCCGAUAGCCCAAGUGGAACUGGAGGAAGUGUGGAACAACCUGGAGGAGCUGCGCAGCGAGCUGAAUGAAUCCUUGGUCAUAUUCAACGAGAAACCCGAGAUCAUGGAAGUGGCCCGGGUAUUUAUAGGGAAAAUCGAUGAUUUCGUUCCGCUCUACAACAGCAUCAAGGAUCUGCGCAACGAGAACUGGAUGUACGUCCACUGGGCGGAGCUCAGCGCGGUGGUGGGCGCCGAGAUCAAGUACACUAUUUCCAUGAACUUUCAGUACCUGGUGCGCAAGGGCAUCUUGGACUUUCUGCCUCAGGUGCAUUACAUCUCUGUGAAGGCCGACAACGAGGCUGAGAGUCUACGCGCCGCCCUGGAGGAGGAGGAGCGCCAGAAGCAGGCCGAACUGGAUGCAAUUCUGCUGCGCAAGCAGUUGCGCAAGUGCCGCCGGGAUAUACUCUAAAGGAUUUUGUUUUAGCCUUUACUUUUCUUGUUUUACAAAUGUUAAUCUAAAUUAAA